UCUUUGCAUAAUUUCAAAAUCUUAUCUUGUCUUCACUGCAACCCAUAAAUAUAUAUAUAUAUAAAAUCCUUCUUUAAUUAAUUAAUUAAUUUGGUUUCGAUGAGACCCGUUUAUGAUUCCGACGACAGCACUUUGGCGGCUGCAAUGGCUGCUUCUGCAUACGCCGUUCAUGUCAUCGACCAAGAAACUUCCCGGCUACCUCAACUCAAGAGGGCCCAUACCCAAAAAUGUCAUGAGCCCUUUGAACACCCACCACUACCAAUAGGUUCGGUAAGGAAGCUGCCAUCAUCGAUAAAAGAUAGAAGUGCUCCAUCAUCCUCAUCCUUUCUGAGACCGGGGGCCGAUGGCCAAAGGCAUGUAAGAGACCGCUCCGAUGCUUGGGAAGAAGCUCAAUUAUUGAAGAUUCGAAAACAGUAUGAUAACAUCAUACGAGAAAUUCAAGCUUGGGAAAACCACAAGAAAAUGAAAGAAACACGAAGAAUAAAAAGGAAAAAGGAGGAGAUUGAGGUGAGGACAUCGAUAAAUUUGAAGCAUUACUACGGCAAGAUAGCUAAGAUUGGUAAUGUAGCUGAUGGGGCGAGAGAGAGGGCUGAGGAGAAACGUAGGCGUGAAGAAGCUUCCGUGAGGGAGAAGGCGAGGAGAAUGAGAUCGACCGGGAAAGCUCCCCUCAAAUAUUGCUUUUGCUUCUAAGUCUAAUUAUUUCAACAAAUUAAUUAAAACUUCGAAAUAGACUUUUAGCCAUUAAAGAAUC